AUGUGCGGAAACAACAUGUCUGUGCCGUUACUCACCGACGCUGUGACCGUACCCGGAGGGGAACGAGAGACUGCGGCGGUGAUCUUCCUGCACGGCCUGGGGGAUAACGGACAUGGCUGGGCUGAUGCAUUGUCUGCUAUUAAACUGCCCUAUGUGAAGUACAUAUGUCCACAUGCACCUCGUAUUCCAGUAACUCUAAACAUGAAGAUGGUGAUGCCAGCAUGGUUUGAUUUGAUGGGACUGAGUCCUGAUGCUCCAGAAGACGAGGCAGGCAUUAAGAAAGCUGCAGAUAGCAUCAAGAGUAUCAUCGAACAUGAAGUGAAGAAUGGAAUUUCUGCUAAUAGAAUUGUUCUCGGAGGAUUCUCUCAGGGUGGUGCCUUGUCGUUGUAUACUGCUUUGACCUCUCAUCAUAAACUUGCUGGAGUAGUGGGACUUAGCUGUUGGCUGCCUCUUCAUAAGACAUUCCCUCAGGCAGCAUGCAGUGUAAAUAAGGAAAUCUCCAUCCUGCAAUGUCAUGGAGAGGCAGAUCCUAUGAUUCCCGUCCGCUUUGGAACACUCACCUCAGAGAAACUGAAGUCUGUAGUGGCCCCUUCAAAAGUCCAGUUGAAAACAUAUCCUGGAGUUAUGCACAACACUAGUCAAGAGGAAAUGAUGGCAGUGAAAGACUUCUUGGAGAAGGUGAUCCCACGAGUGUAA